AUGGAGAGCUUCAUGGAGUCGCUAAACAGGCUGAAGGACGUCCAUGAGAAUGAGAUCACGGGCCUGCAGAACAAACUUCUGGAACUGAACUCAGAGAGGUGCCGGGACGCCCAGAGGGCGGAGGAGCUUUGUGCCAAGAACCGUCAGCUCAGGGAGCAGCAGAGGGCGCUGAAGGAGAACCUGCGGGCGCUGGAGAACAGGCUGCGGGCCGGCCUGUGCGACCGCUGCAUGGUCACCCAGGAGCUGGCCAGGAAGAAGCAGCAGGAGUUCGAGAGCUCCCUGCUCCAGAGCCUGCAGCAUGUCUUCCUACUCACGACGGAGCUGACCCGGCUGCAGGAGGAAAACGAUGCCUUGAAAGAGGAGGUGAAGGAGCUGCGGGCCCCAGGGGCCAAGCCCCAGUUCAGGGAGGGUGCCCCAGGACCCCUGUCACCCCUGCUGUUCCCCUCCCUGGGCACCCGGAGGGCCGUCACUGAGAAGCCACUGGAAGGCCAUGCGGAGGUGGAGGACGGCCACGCAGAAAGGCCGCUGGGGUGCGGGACGUCUCCAGGAGCCGCCAUCUCCCCGGGUGCCAACCCGCCUGAGCGCCGGGCCCUGGACGUGAGCCCCCAGCACAUCUCCAACCAGCUACACGGGACCAUCGCCGUGGUGCGGCCAGGGUCCCGAGCCUGCUCCGCCAACCGGGGCUCCGUCAAUGGGACGUCCCCACUGCCGCCCCCCAGGAGCAGCCCCACAAGCCCGCCUGGAGAGCACAGCCUCCCUCCGGACAGCUUCCUGCAGGCCUCUCUGCCCUCUGCCAAGCCCUGCGAGUCCCCGAAGAGCUCCCUCCAGGCUGACCGCCUCUGCCACCUGAACCGCCACCUGGCCCUGCCCCCCCCCGGGCCUCAAGGCCGGGGAGGCGGAGGCCUGGGAGGAGCCCGCGGGUCUGCUGGGCCUGCCAGGCGCCCUGGCGGGCGUGCGGGACCCGCGGCUGGAGGGAGCGCUGCACCUGCUCCUGGCCCAGCAUCCCCCGGCCCCGCUGCCCGGGCCGCGCCGCAGGCGCUGCGGCGGCGAGGGGAUUCGCGGCGCCGCCAGGCCGCGCUCUUCUUUCUCAACAACAUCUCCCUGGACGGGCGGCCCCCGAGCCUGGACCCGGGCGGCGAGAAGCCCCCGCCGCCGCCGCCGCUCGCCGAGGCCCGCGAGCCGCCCGCGCCGCCGCCGCCACCGCCGCCGCCGCCGCCCGCGCCCCCCGCCGGCCUGCCCCUGCCCGGACCCGCGGGCCGGGCCUCGGCGCCGCAGGGCCUGCUCAGCCCUGCGCCCGCGCCCGCCGGCUUGGGCCUCGGCCUGAGCCUGGGUUUGGACGGGCAGCGCCAGAGAAGGCGUGUAGGCUCCCAGCGCUGCUCGCUCGAGUUUCUGGAAGACACGGUGGGAUGUGCCUCGGUUCAAAGGACCAAACAUGCAUCUGGAUCCCCAAGACACAAAGGCCUGAAGAAGACGCACUUCAUCAAGAACAUGAGGCAGUACGACACCAGGAACAGCAGGAUCGUGCUCAUCUGCGCCAAGCGGUCCCUGUGUGCGGCCUUCUCGGUCCUGCCCUAUGGAGAAGGCCUGCGUGUCAGUGACCUGAGGGUGGACAGCCAGAAGCAGAGGCAUCCGUCUGGUGGCGUUUCCGUGUCUUCCGAGAUGGUUUUCCAGUUGGAAGGCGUCGAGUUGGGGGCGGAUGGAAAGGUUGUGUCUUACGCCAAGUUCCUGUACCCCACCAACGCCCUGGUCACGCUCAAGCCGGACAGCCACGGCCCGCCACCUCAGCCCCGGCCCAGUGCCCCCCGCGCUCUGCUGGGGCCCAGAUGCAAACCCAUCCCGCCCAGGGCGGCGCCAGCUGGCUCGGAACUAGGGGCUGACGCGGGGGAUGCCCUGGAGUACAACCCCGACCUCCUGGAUGACCCUCAGUGGCCCUGCGGCAAGCACAAGCGCGUCCUCAUCUUCGCGUCCUACAUGACCACAGUGAUAGAGUACGUGAAGCCCUCCGACCUCAAGAAGGACAUGAACGAGACCUUCCGGGAGAAGUUCCCGCACAUCAGGCUGACGCUGAGCAAAAUUAGGAGUUUGAAACGAGAGAUGCGGAACCUGUCUGAGGAGUGUGGUCUGGAGCCCGUGACAGUGUCCAUGGCCUACGUGUACUUCGAGAAGCUGGUCCUGCAGGGCAAGCUCGACAAGCAGAACCGCAAGCUGUGCGCGGGCGCCUGCGUGCUGCUGGCCGCCAAGAUAAGCAGCGACCUCCGCAAGAACGACGUGAAGCAGCUCAUCGAUAAGUUAGAAGAAAAGUUCCGGUUCAACAGACGGGAUCUAAUUGGGUUUGAGUUCACGGUGCUCGUGGCCCUGGAACUUGCUCUCUACCUUCCCGAGAACCAGGUGUUACCUCAUUACAGACGCCUCACGCAGCAGUUCUAG